UUGAAUGAAUUUGUAACCGCCAAAAAGUGAAGUUUCAUCACAAACGCUAUUCUUUAUCGUCUGUUUUUAAUUUGUUUGUUAUUAAUUAAAAUUUAUUUUGCUAUACAUUGUUUGGUGUAAUCCUCUAGUAAUGGAUUUUUCGUCGAAUAGAUCGCGUAUACCUGCUUUAUCUGCGGUUAAACCCAGUAAUAAAACCUUAUCAUCCGCUUCUGAAUCUAUGUUUUCUUCAAAAUCAGAUACAAGCUAUCGAUAUGGACUUUUUAGCACUGCUAGAAAAAGUGCAAGUGUUUCACGAACAAAUAAGUAUUCAAAUUGUCAUUCUGCCAUUUCAUCUAAACAAUCUAAAGGUUUAUUCAGUCAAACACCUAAAACUGACAGAGUAUCAGUUUAUGCUGCCUCAGCUUCUGGUCGAAGAAGCAGUAUUGUUGGCGACCGUAAUCGACAAAAGGAUUGUAGACCAUUGGCAGAACCAAAAUACCAAAAUGACUGUAUUGCGAAGUUAAUUCGUUUCCUAACUGAAAAUGGUUAUUCGAGUCCAAUCCCUUCAAAAUUUCUCAAAUCACCCUCAAAGCAAGAUGUUAUCAGGGUUUUUGAAUUUCUUUUUUCCCAAUUUGAUCCUACGUUAGUAGUUACUCCAAUCGAAGCAAAUGUCCCCGAAUUGAUGGUACAGUUUGGAUAUCCUUACUAUAUCACAAAAUCUACUCUAGUUGCAGUUGCGGGACGUCAUGCUCUUGGAAAUUUACUUGGAAUGUUUGAAUUUCUUGUUGAUCUUGCAAAAUCAUCGAAUGACUUCUUUGCUGAUGAAGAAGAUUUGAUUUGUGCUCCUUUUGUUGCUGAUGAGGUUUUUAUCAAGUCACAUAUCAUGAAUAUUGUCUCAGAAGACAUUGAAGAUGUUGAACCAUUUUUCAAGGACAUGGCUUACAAAAAAUUGGGUGAUAACGAAGAAGAGCGUGAUAGAUUAAUGGAAGCUCUGAACGAGGAUACCGCUAUGUUGGAGAAUGUUGAAAAGGAUAUAGAGUAUUAUAAUGCCAUGCAAGCGAGGAUUGUCCAGUUUGAAAAUGCAUUUGAAGAAUAUGAAAAAUACAAUUCAUGUAUGGAGGUAAGGAAUCUCAAAGAUGCAGAAGAAUUGGCCGCGGAUGAAGAAGAGAUUCUCACACUUCAGAAAACUAAAGCUAUGACUUGUGAAGAAGAGAAAGCAUUAGAGAUCAUUAUUAAAGAUCAACCUUACCAGAUUGCCGAUAUCCAAACUGAACAAGAUAAACAACUUCAAAUAGAAAUGGAAACCAAUGAAACUCGACAACUUAGUAGAAAAGUUAAGCAUGAAAUUAAUCAACUUGCUUCAGAGUUGGCUUCACUGAAAACUUCAAUAACCAAGAGCAAUUCCAACUUUGUGUCCGCAACUAAUGCCGAGAUGAUAAAUCUAAACUCGCAUCCUAUCAAAAAAUGCACACCAUGGGUCAUUGAAAAACUUCAAUCAACUGAUCUUCAAGAUAUUCUAGAUUGUUUAUCAAGACCAGAUGCCAUCAAUAAUAUUGACGAGACAACGAAACGUGCUAACAAAUGCAUGAACGGAUUUGUCAAUUAUUUCAUCGAAACCUCGGUUGGUUUAUCUGCUAAGCUCGCCAGGAUUAAGGAGAAUAACAAACAGCAUGAUGCCAGUGUUUUUGAUAAGGAAAGAGAAUUAGAGGAACUUCAAGAACAGUUACCCUCUGCUGAAAAAGAUCUCCGUGAAUUUAAGAAACACAAUGAAAUGGAGAAAAAGUUAAUGAUUGAAACUAACGAAGGGUACAGAAAAAUGAUUGAGGAGUUUACUCUUAGUGCCACAGAAAGUUCCAAAGAAUACGAAAACCGUUUAUCACGCGCAGAGCAAGCAUUAACCCAUGAAAAGGAAGCAACUCAAGCGUUGAUUGAACAGGAUCAAAUCGGACGAACAAAACGUAAAGAAGCUUUCAGCCGAGUGACCCAAAAUUUCUACAAAAUUGUGUGUACAAUAGAAGAGGCGGAGAAGAGGAAAAUCGCAGAUCUUGAGGAAAAAGUUGCCGGAGCAGAAGCUGCUCGAAAAAGGCUGCAACAAAAGGUUUUGCAAACUAAAUCAACUUGAACGAAACAAUUGAAGUGUAUCUUUCUCAUCCUCAUUGUUACCCUUUUUGUACAUUAUUUAUCGCCAUGUAAAACAUUAAUCUCAACCAAUUUUAUAUAAUACAGUUAUGAAAGAAAAUAAUUUUCAUGUGUAAAAACUCCCCAAUCAUCAUCAAUUGAUUUUAUUCAAGCUUAUUAUAUCCAUCAUAACAAAGUGAAAUGGAAGUUAUAUAUUGAGUCAUUAAAUCGUGAUAAAGUCAUGAAAA